ACCCCAUCUAACCUCCCCACCUUCGUUUUCAUCGUAACAUAACAGGGUUGGUGAAAUAGCAAAACCAAAACCCCCAUAUAUAUACAUCCAUCUCGCCUUUCUUCAGAUCUCACUCGUACACAAAACAAAACAAAACUCCACCAACUUCCAUCAAUGGCUUCCAUCUCCAACUUUUCUUCACAAACACCUCUAAACUCUUCCCCUAUUCUCCCACCACCACCCGCCACCACCACCAUCCUCCGUUUUCCGUCAAAACUUCCACUUUUUUCCCACCGGUUCUCCCUUUGCUCCACUGCACCUCUAGCUGCUUCUUUGGUUGUGAAAUGUAGCCAAAAUGGUGGAAAUGGAAGCUAUGUUAAGAGAACAACACUUCAUGAUCUUUAUGAGAAGCAAGGGCAGAGUCCAUGGUAUGAUAACCUAUGCCGCCCUGUUACCGAUCUUCUUCCCCUGAUUGAAAGUGGUGCGAGAGGUGUUACAAGCAACCCGGCGAUUUUUCAGAAAGCAAUAUCUACCUCAAAUGCUUACAAUGACCAAUUCAGGGAACUUGUACAGGGAGGGAAAGACAUCGAAAGUGCAUAUUGGGAACUUGUAGUGAAAGAUAUCCAAGAUGCUUGCAGACUGUUCGAGCCAAUUUAUGACGAAACAGAUGGCGGAGACGGUUAUGUUUCUGUUGAGGUUUCACCUCGGCUUGCUGAUGAUACCCAAGGGACCAUUGAUGCUGCAAAAUGGUUGCAUAAAGUGGUUGAUCGCCCAAAUGUUUACAUUAAAAUCCCCGCAACUGCAGCUUGUGUUCCUUCUGUUAAAGAAGUUAUUUCUUUGGGAAUAAGUGUUAAUGUAACUCUCAUAUUUUCUCUAUCUAGAUACGAGGCAGUUAUUGAUGCUUAUUUAGAUGGGUUAGAGGCUUCAGGUCUUGAUGACCUAUCCAGGGUUACUAGUGUUGCUUCUUUCUUUGUUAGUCGAGUAGACACACUUGUCGACGGUAUGCUUGAGAAUAUCGGAACACCAGAGGCACUUAACCUUCGAGGCAAGGCUGCAAAUGCUCAAGCAGCUCUAGCUUUCCAGCUUUACCAAAAGAAAUUCUCGGGCCCAAGAUGGGAGGCCCUGGUGAAAAAAGGAGCUAAGAAGCAACGGUUGCUAUGGGCUUCAACCAGUGUCAAGAAUCCAGCCUACCCUGACACCCUUUAUGUAGCCCCACUUGUUGGGCCCGACACGGUUUCAACCAUGCCUGAUCAAGCUCUGCAAGCAUUUAUUGACCAUGGUACAGUUGGAAGGACGAUCGAUUCAAAUGUACCAGAGGCCGAAGGAAUCUACAGUGCUCUAGAGAAGUUAGGGAUCGAUUGGAGUUAUGUCGGAUCCCGACUGGAGGAUGAAGGAGUAGUUUCUUUUAAGAAAAGCUUUGACAGCCUGCUUGAUAGCUUGCAAGAGAAGGCUAAUUCUAUGAAACUAGUCAACCUGUAAACCUGAAUAUGUGUUUCUUUCUAGUAUUUGUUAUCCGCUAAUAGACUGAAUAAAUAACAAAGAGGUUGUGCAAGUGAAUGAAAGAUUGUGUAAUGAGAGUUCUGUUGUUAAGUGAGUGGUUUGGGGUUUUCUAAUAGGUUCCCUUAUGUUUA